AUGGCUACGACAAGACUGGUAGUCAAGCAGGUGCAGCCGACAACGACUGCCGAGGAGCUCAAGAAGCACUUCUCAGCGCACUUGCAGGUCGACAUCACAGACAGCAGGAUCGCAUCGAAAAAGGAUGGUCGAAGUCGAAGAAUUGCGUUUCUAGGAUUUGCCACGGCCGAACAGGCUGCGCUGGCCAGAGAUCACUACAACAACACUUAUCUGUCAGGCUCAAAGAUCAUCGUCGACUUUGCCAAGCCUCGCGUGCCGACAGUGAAGCAAGAAGCUCUUGUCGUGCAAGAAGCACUACUGCCAAAACCUGAGCAGCAGGCAGAGGAGCUGCAAGCAGCGGGCGACAGAAGCUCGAGGAGCCCACCGAGUGCUGAUGAAGCAGGCGACGAUGAUCUGGCUUAUCUCACUCGUCGUCUUGCUGGCCGACAGCAAGAAGUCUCACAGCCUGCCGAGGAUGCAGUGCGAUCAGCAUCGCCAGUUCCAUCUACUAGCAAGAUAGCAGAGGCACCCGUAGCUCCAUCAGUAGCGCCUGAGGAUGAGGAUACGCUGACGACGAACAGACUGUUUCUGCGUAACCUCGCCUUCACGGUGCGAUCGAGCGAUCUACAAACGACUUUUGCCCAACACGGGCGGGUGAGCCACGUCCAUCUCGUCGACGAAGACAAGACGGAGCGCAGAGGGCUAGCGUAUGUGACCUUUGAGACUGCAAAGGAAGCAGAGCAGGCUCGUUCAGCGCUCGACGGAACGAUUCUGCACGGACGAUUGCUGCACGUCAUGCUUGCUGCUGCUCGUCCUGGCGAAGCAGAUCAGGCCCGACCAGGCAAGAACAGUAAGAGCAAGGGAUUGUUGGAUCGACGUGAUCUUGCCUGGAGUUCGCUUCAGAUGACGCCGGAUGCCGUGAUGGCGACGAUGGCAGACAGGCUCGGAGUCAGCAAAGACGAUCUCGUAGGAAGAGGAUCAGAAAAUGCCGCUGUUCGACUUGCGCUAGCAGAAAGCCAAUUGAUCGACGAAAGCCGUACCUACUUUGCCAAAGCAGGUGUCGAUCUCCUUGCGCUCAACAAGCCGGGUCCCAAAUCAAAGACGAUGCUCCUCGUCAAGAACAUACCAGCUGGCACGCAACCUUCUGCGCUCAAGCUCAUGUUCGAUGCCAGUGGCCAAGUAAAGAAUGUCCUCAUGCCGCCGAGCGCCACACUGGCUAUUGUCGAAUUCACAGAUGUGGACGGUGCCAACAAGGCUUAUAAAACGCUUGCAUACAAACGCAUCGGUAACGCUGUGCUCUAUCUCGAGCGUGCGCCCCUCGCGCUCGUCAAUCAGCCUAUCCGAGACGAUGACGACGUUGCGCCCAGUGUGUCUGCAAUCCCAGAAGGCCAGCCGAGUGAGCAGCCGGACGAGAACACGCUCUACGUAAAGAACCUGUCCUUUCAAGUCACGUCGGAGCGCCUGCAGGCAAUGUUCUCAGAUCUGGCAGGCUAUCGCUUUGCUCGAGUGCAGAUGCGCAAGACCGAUGUCAGUGGCGUUGCGAAAACGGCCGCAUCUCUCGGCUAUGGAUUCGUCGGGUUCGAUACCGAGGGUAAUGCUCAAGCUGCCAUGACGAGACGACAGGGUCAGCUCCUCGAAGGCAGGCCGCUGCUGCUAGCGCGUGCACGAAGAGGUCAAGAUGCCAAAGGAGCUGGCGGUGAAGCACAGGAGAGCAAAGCAGGGCGACCGACGAGUACGCUCGUCAUCAAGAAUGUGCCAUUUGAAGUCUCAAAGAAAGAGCUCCAAGCUCUGUUCAAGUCAUAUGGCAAUAUCAAGUCUUUGCGUAUGCCUCGCAAGGCCGACAGACACACUCGAGGAUUCGCCUUUGUCGAAUUCAGGAGCACUGCCGAAGCGAAAGAAGCCAAGCAAGCGCUCUCGCAGACCCAUUUGCUCGGACGACAUCUCGUUAUCGAGUACGGUCAAGCCGACCAAGGCGCGUCUUUGCGAGAUGACAAGCGACCGAGACCGGACUUUGAGCUACCGAACAGGCGCAAGAAGUUCAAGAUGGGUACUGAAGACGAGUGA